GGAGUCGCAGCAGCACCGACUGAGGGCCGUGCUGCCCCGCCGCUUCCCUCCCGUCCGCCGGGCUGCCGGAGCGCCGUGGAGCCGCCCGCCGCCAUGUCCAACAUGGAGAAGCAUCUGUUUAAUUUGAAGUUUGCUGCAAAGGAACUCAACAGGAACUCAAAAAAAUGCGACAAAGAAGAAAAGGCUGAGAAAGCUAAAAUUAAAAAGGCAAUUCAGAAGGGUAACAUGGAAGUUGCACGGAUACAUGCGGAAAAUGCAAUCCGACAGAAGAAUCAAGCCAUCAAUUUCUUGCGCAUGAGUGCCAGGGUAGAUGCUGUAGCAGCAAGAGUUCAGACUGCAGUGACAAUGGGCAAGGUAACAAAGUCAAUGGCAGGGGUAGUUAAGUCUAUGGAUGCCACACUGAAGAGCAUGAACUUGGAAAAGAUAUCUGCACUAAUGGAUAAAUUUGAGCAUCAGUUUGAAACACUAGAUGUUCAGACACAACAGAUGGAAGACACAAUGAGCAACACUACUACACUAACAACGCCACAAAACCAAGUGGAUAUGCUUUUACAGGAAAUGGCAGAUGAAGCAGGUCUUGAUCUGAACAUGGAACUACCUCAAGGACAGACAGGUUCUGUUGGUACAAGCGUUGCCUCAGCAGAACAGGAUGAGCUGUCACAGAGACUGGCCCGCCUACGUGAUCAAGUUUAAGUCAAACAAAGCUGCAGUUCUUUUUACAUGUUUUCAAAACAUCCUUUCUGUAGCUGUUCUUCACUACACAAGAGAGGUGUAUACAGUAUGGCUUAGGUAUUUGAAUACUUGUAAUAUAAGGUUCUUCACUCCUAGCUUGCUACUGUUUCUAAAAUACAUUAAGUAACCCAAAUAUAUCAGCUCUUUAAUGUC